GGAGGCGACCACGGCCGGGCAGCGCUCGGCUAACGGAGCAUCGGCGCCCAUAAUAAUCCCUCAUUAUAGCGGAGCGGGGGAGCGGCUCCUGGGACGGUGCCUGCGCCUCGGGCCGGCUCCCUGCGGCCCCGCCGGGUGCGACUGCGGUGGAUGCGCGGCUCGGCCCGGCCGGGCGGGGAGGCGGCGGCGGCGGCGGCAGCGGCAGGUGCCGGUAACGGCGGGGGGUAAAUGGCUAGCGAGAAGCCGGUGUCGGGGCCGGACCCGCAGCCCACGGGACUCAUCUCCGUCGGGGCCGGUGGUGGAGGCGGCGGCGGAGGCGGUGGCGGCGGCAGCGGCGGCGCGGUGAUGGGGGAGAUGAGGGCGUCGGGCUCCGGGUCUGUGGUGCUCCCGGCGGGAAUGAUUAACCCGUCGGUGCCGAUCCGCAAUAUCCGGAUGAAAUUCGCCGUCCUCAUCGGACUCAUCCAGGUCGGGGAGGUCAGCAACCGGGACAUCGUGGAGACGGUGCUGAACCUGCUGGUUGGUGGCGAAUUUGAUCUAGAGAUGAACUUUAUAAUCCAGGAUGCAGAGAGCAUUACAUGCAUGUCAGAGCUUUUGGAGCACUGUGAUGUAACGUGCCAAGCAGAAAUCUGGAGUAUGUUCACAGCAAUUCUACGUAAAAGUGUGCGUAAUUUACAGACUAGCACAGAAGUUGGCUUAAUUGAACAGGUACUGCUGAAGAUGAGUACUGUGGACGACAUGAUUGCAGAUCUCCUAGUUGAUAUGUUGGGGGUUCUUGCCAGCUACAGCAUCACUGUCAAAGAGUUGAAGCUUUUGUUCAGCAUGCUUCGAGGCGAAAAUGGAAUCUGGCCAAGACACGCAGUUAAAUUAUUAUCAGUCCUUAAUCAGAUGCCACAGAGACAUGGGCCUGAUACCUUUUUCAACUUCCCAGGCUGUAGUGCUGCAGCAAUUGCAUUGCCUCCUAUUGCUAAGUGGCCUUAUCAAAAUGGGUUUACUCUUAACACCUGGUUUCGUAUGGAUCCACUAAACAAUAUCAAUGUAGAUAAGGAUAAACCCUAUCUCUAUUGUUUCCGCACUAGCAAAGGUGUUGGGUAUUCUGCUCAUUUUGUUGGCAACUGCUUGAUAGUUACAUCAUUGAAGUCAAAAGGCAAAGGUUUCCAGCACUGUGUGAAGUAUGACUUUCAGCCACGCAAGUGGUACAUGAUAAGUAUUGUACACAUCUAUAAUCGAUGGAGAAACAGUGAAAUACGAUGUUAUGUGAAUGGUCAGCUGGUAUCCUAUGGUGAUAUGGCCUGGCACGUUAACACAAAUGAUAGCUAUGAUAAAUGUUUUCUUGGAUCUUCGGAGACUGCUGAUGCAAAUAGAGUGUUCUGUGGCCAGCUUGGAGCAGUAUAUGUAUUCACUGAAGCACUCAACCCAGCACAGAUUUUUGCAAUACAUCAGUUAGGACCUGGAUAUAAGAGCACAUUCAAAUUUAAAUCUGAGAGUGACAUUCAUCUGGCUGAGCACCAUAAACAAGUGCUAUAUGAUGGGAAACUUGCAAGUAGCAUUGCUUUUACUUAUAAUGCGAAGGCUACUGAUGCUCAACUAUGCCUUGAAUCCUCACCAAAGGAGAAUCCUUCAAUUUUUGUACACUCCCCCCAUGCUCUUAUGCUUCAGGAUGUGAAAGCUAUUGUAACCCACUCCAUUCACAGUGCAAUUCAUUCCAUUGGAGGGAUCCAAGUUCUUUUUCCUCUCUUUGCCCAGUUAGAUAAUCGACAGCUGCACGACAGUCAGGUGGAAACAACAGUUUGUGCUACCCUAUUGGCUUUCUUGGUUGAGCUUCUUAAGAGUUCAGUAGCCAUGCAAGAACAAAUGCUUGGUGGAAAAGGCUUUCUAGUAAUUGGCUAUCUCCUUGAAAAGUCAUCUAGAGUUCAUAUAACCAGAGCAGUUCUGGAACAAUUUUUGUCAUUUGCAAAAUAUUUGGAUGGAUUAUCUCAUGGAGCACCUCUACUGAAGCAAUUAUGUGAUCACAUCCUUUUUAAUCCUGCUAUCUGGAUACAUACCCCUGCAAAGGUGCAGCUGUCUUUGUAUACCUACUUGUCAGCUGAAUUCAUUGGAACUGCUACAAUCUACAACACCAUACGCAGAGUAGGAACAGUCCUGCAGUUAAUGCACACACUGAAAUACUACUACUGGGUGGUUAAUCCUGCUGAUAGCAGUGGCAUUACUCCUAAAGGAUUAGAUGGUCCUCGACCCUCCCAGAAAGAAAUCAUAUCGCUAAGGGCAUUUAUGCUUCUGUUCUUGAAACAACUUAUAUUGAAGGAUCGAGGAGUUAAAGAAGAUGAGCUGCAGAGCAUAUUAAAUUACUUGCUAACAAUGCAUGAGGAUGAAAAUAUUCAUGAUGUGCUGCAGCUGCUAGUGGCACUAAUGUCCGAACAUCCAGCAUCCAUGAUACCUGCCUUUGAUCAGAGGAAUGGGAUACGAGUAAUUUAUAAGUUACUGGCUUCCAAGAGUGAAAGUAUAUGGGUGCAAGCCUUGAAGGUCCUUGGAUAUUUUCUUAAACAUUUGGGUCAUAAGCGAAAGGUUGAAAUCAUGCAUACUCACAGUCUUUUCACACUUCUUGGAGAAAGGUUGAUGCUGCAUACAAAUACAGUGACCGUUACAACAUAUAACACGCUUUAUGAGAUUUUGACAGAACAAGUAUGCACACAAGUUGUUCAUAAACCACAUCCAGAGCCAGAUUCGACAGUGAAAAUUCAGAAUCCAAUGAUUCUUAAGGUGGUGGCAACGCUGUUAAAAAACUCCACGCCAAGUGCCGAGCUGAUGGAAGUUCGACGAUUGUUCUUGUCUGAUAUGAUAAAACUCUUUAGUAAUAGCCGUGAAAACAGAAGAUGUUUACUUCAGUGUUCAGUGUGGCAGGACUGGAUGUUUUCUCUGGGAUACAUUAACCCAAAGAACUCUGAAGAGCAGAAGAUCACAGAGAUGGUUUACAACAUUUUCCGUAUUCUCUUGUAUCAUGCAAUAAAAUAUGAAUGGGGAGGCUGGAGAGUGUGGGUGGAUACUCUUUCUAUAGCUCAUUCCAAGGUCACAUAUGAGGCUCACAAGGAAUAUCUAGCAAAAAUGUAUGAAGAGUAUCAAAGGCAAGAGGAAGAAAACAUAAAAAAGGGGAAGAAGGGGAAUGUAAGCACCAUCUCAGGUCUUUCCUCUCAGACAACUGGAGCAAAAGGUGGCAUGGAAAUUCGAGAGAUAGAAGAUCUUUCACAAAGUCAGAGUCCAGAAAGUGAAACAGAUUACCCCGUCAGUACAGAUACAAGGGACUUGCUCAUGGCUUCAAAGGUGUCAGAUGAUGUGCUUGGAACUGCUGAGAGACCCGGGGGAGGAGGAGUGCAUGUGGAAGUUCAUGAUCUUUUAGUUGAUAUAAAAGCUGAAAAAGUAGAAGCUACUGAAGUAAAACUUGAUGAUAUGGAUUUAUCACCAGAGACACUGGUAACUGGAGAAAAUGGUGCACUUGUAGAAGUUGAAUCUCUUCUAGAUAAUGUAUAUAGUGCAGCUGUUGAGAAGCUCCAAAACAAUGUUCAUGGAAGCGUGGGUAUUAUUAAGAAGAAUGAGGAGAAAGAUAAUGGUCCAUUAAUAACUUUGGCUGAUGAGAAAGAUGAACCUUCUACUAACAAUACCUCAUUUCUCUUUGAUAAAAUACCUAGUCAAGAGGAGAAACUUCUACCUGAACUUUCAAGUAAUCACAUUUCUAUUCCAAAUGUUCAAGAGACACCGAUGCAUCUUGGUGUAAAUGAUGAUUUGGGAUUGCUUGCUCAUAUGACGGGUAGUGUAGAUAUAACUUGUGCUUCAAAUAUAAUAGAGGACAAGGAGUUCAAGAUUCACACAACUUCAGAUGGAAUGAGUAGCAUUUCUGAAAGGGAGUUGUCUUCAUCAUCUAAAGGAUUAGAAUAUGCUGAAAUGACUGCCACAACUCUUGAGACAGAGUCUUCUGGUAGCAAAACUGUACCUAGUGUUGAUGCAGGAAGUAUAAUAUCAGAUACAGAAAGAUCUGAUGAUGGUAAGGAAGCAGGGAAGGAGAUAAGGAAGAUCCAGACAACUACCACAACUCAGGCAGUACAGGGUCGAUCUGUCACCCAGCAAGACCGGGAUUUACGUGUUGACUUGGGAUUCCGAGGAAUGCCAAUGACGGAAGAGCAGCGACGGCAGUUUAGUCCAGGUCCACGCACAACUAUGUUUCGUAUUCCAGAGUUUAAAUGGUCUCCCAUGCACCAGCGUCUCCUGACAGACUUGCUUUUUGCACUAGAAACAGACGUACAUGUUUGGAGAAGUCACUCCACGAAGUCUGUGAUGGACUUUGUCAAUAGCAAUGAAAAUAUUAUUUUUGUACACAACACAAUACACCUCAUUUCCCAGAUGGUAGACAAUAUUAUUAUUGCUUGUGGAGGAAUUUUACCAUUGCUGUCAGCAGCCACAUCCCCAACUGGUUCUAAGACUGAAUUGGAAAAUAUUGAAGUGACGCAAGGAAUGUCAGCAGAGACAGCAGUAACGUUUCUCAGCCGUCUGAUGGCAAUGGUUGAUGUACUAGUAUUUGCCAGUUCUCUAAAUUUUAGUGAGAUUGAAGCUGAAAAAAACAUGUCUUCUGGAGGUCUAAUGCGACAAUGCCUAAGGCUUGUUUGUUGUGUGGCUGUGAGAAACUGCUUAGAAUGUCGGCAAAGGCAAAGAGAGAGAGUGAACAAGACGUCAUUAAUUGGCAGUAAAACUCAAGAUGCACUACAGGGUGUAACUUCAGCAGCAGCAGCCAAGACUCCCCUUGAAAAUGUCCCUGGCAACCUUUCUCCCAUAAAAGACCCUGAUAGGCUUCUUCAGGAUGUUGAUAUUAAUCGUCUACGAGCAGUUGUUUUUCGUGAUGUGGACGACAGCAAACAGGCUCAGUUCUUAGCUUUGGCAGUAGUCUACUUUAUUUCUGUUCUGAUGGUCUCCAAAUACCGUGAUAUACUGGAACCCCAACGAGAAACUGCGAGGUCUGGGAGCCAGGCAGGUAGAAAUAUCAGACAAGAAAUAAAUUCACCAACAAGUACAGUUGUGGUCAUACCAUCUAUCCCUCACCCAAGUUUGAACCAUGGAUUCCUUGCCAAGUUAAUUCCUGAGCAGAGCUUUGCCCACUCAUUUUACAAAGAGACACCAACUGUAUUUCCAGAAAAUAUUAAAGACAAAGAAACACCCACACCAGUUGAAGAUAUUCAGCUGGAAAGCUCUAUUCCUCAUACAGAUUCUGGAAUUGGAGAUGAACAGAUGCCCAAUAUUUUGAAUGGGACAGACUUGGAGACCAGCACAGGCCCUGAUGCUAUGAGUGAGCUGUUAUCUACUUUGUCUUCGGAAGUGAAAAAAUCUCAGGAGAGCUUAACAGAAAGCCCCAGUGAAAUUCUGAAACCUGCAUCUUCGAUAUCCAGUAUCAGCCAAAGUAAAGGCAUCAAUGUCAAAGAAAUACUGAAAAGCCUUGUGGCAGCCCCUGUUGAAAUUGCAGAAUGUGGCCCGGAUCCAAUCCCUUACCCAGAUCCUGCACUGAAGAGAGAAGCUCAGGCUAUUCUUCCCAUGCAGUUUCACUCGUUUGACAGGAGUGUGGUUGUACCAGUAAAGAAACCCCCUCCAGGUAGUCUGGCUGUUACCACUGUCGGAGCUGCCACAGCUGGGAGCGGACUGCCACCGGGUAGUACACCUAAUAUAUUUGCUGCAACAGGAGCUACACCAAAAAGUAUGAUUAAUACAACAGGUGCAGUGGACUCAGGAUCUUCUUCUUCCUCUUCAUCAUCCAGCUUUGUGAAUGGUGCUACCAGCAAAAAUCUCCCAGCUGUCCAAACUGUUGCUCCAAUGCCAGAGGAUUCAGCUGAAAAUAUGAGUAUCACUGCAAAGCUUGAAAGAGCCUUAGAAAAAGUGGCCCCUCUCCUGCGAGAAAUUUUUGUUGAUUUUGCCCCUUUCCUGUCCCGAACAUUGUUGGGCAGUCAUGGACAAGAGCUAUUGAUUGAAGGUCUGGUUUGUAUGAAGUCAAGUACUUCAGUGGUUGAACUGGUUAUGCUGCUUUGUUCACAGGAAUGGCAAAAUUCUAUUCAGAAGAAUGCAGGACUUGCAUUUAUUGAGCUCAUCAAUGAAGGAAGAUUAUUAUGUCAUGCAAUGAAAGACCAUAUAGUGCGUGUCGCAAACGAAGCAGAAUUUAUUUUGAACCGACAAAGAGCUGAAGAUGUCCACAAGCAUGCUGAGUUUGAGUCGCAGUGUGCUCAGUAUGCUGCUGACAGAAGAGAGGAGGAGAAGAUGUGUGAUCACCUCAUCAGUGCUGCUAAGCAUCGGGAUCAUGUUACAGCCAAUCAGCUGAAACAGAAGAUACUCAACAUACUAACAAAUAAACAUGGUGCCUGGGGAGCCGUUUCUCACAGCCAACUGCAUGACUUCUGGCGCUUGGAUUACUGGGAAGAUGAUUUGCGCCGACGGAGGCGAUUUGUUCGUAAUGCUUUUGGGUCUACUCAUGCUGAUGCUCUCCUAAAAGCUGCUGUGGAAUAUGUCAAUAGGAGACAUGACAGGCUUUCAGGCAACGGGCUCAGGUUUCUGCAAGACUUUGGGCUACUUGCAAGGGUUAAGUCAACAGGAUCAGAUUGUGGGAAUCUCUUCAAUAUAGGUGAUUCCUUGUCUUUCACAAAGCAAAUGGAACUGGUCCUCGCCUAUACUGAAGGCCUCCAUGGAAAAUGGAUGUUCAGCGAGAUUCGGGCUGUCUUUUCAAGACGUUAUCUUCUCCAGAACACAGCUUUGGAAGUGUUUAUGGCAAACAGAACUUCUGUUAUGUUUAAUUUUCCUGACCAAGCAACAGUGAAAAAAGUUGUGUACAGCUUACCACGUGUUGGAGUAGGAACCAGCUAUGGUUUGCCACAAGCCAGGAGAAUCUCUCUAGCCACACCCCGACAGCUUUAUAAAUCCUCCAACAUGACUCAGCGCUGGCAGAGACGGGAGAUAUCUAACUUCGAAUACUUGAUGUUCCUCAAUACUAUAGCAGGACGAACAUACAAUGAUCUGAACCAAUAUCCUGUAUUUCCUUGGGUUUUAACAAACUAUGAAUCAGAAGAGUUAGACCUGACCCUUCCAGGCAACUUCAGAGAUCUUUCAAAGCCUAUUGGGGCUUUGAACCCAAAGAGAGCAGUCUUCUAUGCAGAACGGUAUGAGACAUGGGAAGAUGAUCAGACUCCACCUUAUCAUUACAACACCCACUACUCUACAUCUACUUCUACAUUGGCUUGGCUUGUUCGUAUUGAGCCCUUUACAACAUUCUUUCUAAAUGCAAAUGAUGGCAAGUUUGACCACCCAGAUCGAACCUUCUCUUCAGUGGCCAGGUCCUGGAGGAACAGCCAAAGAGAUACCUCAGAUGUGAAGGAGUUAAUUCCAGAAUUUUACUACCUACCAGAGAUGUUUGUCAACAGUAAUGGCUAUAAUCUGGGAAUCAGGGAAGAUGAAAUUGUCGUGAAUGAUGUUGAUCUCCCUCCAUGGGCCAAGAAGCCCGAAGACUUUGUCCGUAUCAACAGGAUGGCCCUGGAAAGUGAGUUUGUAUCAUGUCAACUUCAUCAGUGGAUUGACCUUAUAUUUGGCUACAAGCAACGAGGACCAGAAGCAGUGCGUGCACUCAAUGUUUUCCACUACCUAACAUAUGAAGGCUCUGUGAACCUGGACAGUAUCACCGAUCCUGUCCUCAGGGAGGCCAUGGAAGCGCAGAUACAGAACUUUGGACAGACGCCAUCGCAGUUGCUCAUUGAGCCCCAUCCACCUCGGAGCUCUGCCAUGCACCUGUGUUUCCUUCCACAGAGCCCCCUCAUGUUUAAAGAUCAGAUGCAACAGGAUGUGAUAAUGGUGCUGAAGUUUCCCUCAAAUUCCCCUGUCACACACGUGGCAGCCAACACACUGCCCCACCUAACCAUUCCUGCCGUGGUGACCGUCACUUGCAGCAGGCUGUUUGCAGUCAAUCGGUGGCACAACACAGUAGGCCUUCGGGGAGCCCCAGGAUAUUCUUUGGAUCAAGCUCAUCAUCUUCCAAUUGAAAUGGAUCCAUUGAUUGCCAAUAACUCUGGUGUGAACAAACGGCAGAUCACAGACCUUGUGGAUCAGAGCAUCCAGAUCAAUGCGCAUUGCUUCGUGGUCACAGCAGAUAACCGCUACAUUCUUAUCUGUGGUUUCUGGGACAAGAGCUUUCGAGUUUAUUCUACAGAAACAGGAAAAUUAACUCAGAUUGUGUUUGGCCACUGGGAUGUCGUGACUUGCCUUGCCAGAUCGGAGUCCUAUAUUGGGGGUGAUUGCUACAUUGUGUCUGGGUCUCGCGACGCUACGUUGCUGCUUUGGUACUGGAGUGGCCGACAUCACAUUAUAGGCGACAAUCCAAAUAGCAGUGAUUAUCCAGCUCCUCGCGCUGUUCUAACUGGCCACGACCAUGAAGUUGUCUGUGUGUCGGUCUGUGCAGAGCUGGGACUUGUUAUCAGUGGUGCUAAAGAAGGUCCUUGCCUAGUACACACAAUUACUGGAGAUUUGCUGAGAGCCCUGGAAGGAACAGAAAACUGCUUGUAUCCUCGCUUAAUUUCGGUAUCUAGUGAAGGUCACUGCAUCAUCUACUAUGAACGAGGACGGUUCAGCAAUUUCAGCAUUAAUGGCAAACUCUUAGCUCAGAUGGAGAUCAACGAUUCAACUAGGGCCAUCCUCCUGAGCAGUGAUGGGCAGAACCUGGUGACAGGAGGAGACAACGGUGUAGUGGAAGUAUGGCAGGCUUGUGACUUCAAGCAGCUCUAUAUUUACCCUGGCUGUGAUGCUGGCAUAAGAGCUAUGGAUCUGUCUCAUGAUCAGAGAACUCUGAUUACUGGCAUGGCUUCUGGAAGCAUCGUAGCUUUUAACAUAGAUUUUAACCGGUGGCAUUAUGAACAUCAGAACAGAUACUGAAACUGAAUGAAGAACUGAAAGCCCAGGUAAAGCUGAGAGCACAAGUGCUGCAAUGAAAGGUGUAGUCUCUGGUGGAAAACCACGUCUGCAUUGACCUCCGUUGUACAUUCCAUUACACCCAGCAAUAGCUGUACAUUGUAGUCAGCAACCAUUUUACUUUGUGUGUUUUUUCACAACUGAACACCAGCUGCUGAGAAGCAAGCUUGUAUCAUGUAAAUUAUAUGAAUUAGGAAAUGUUUUGGUAAUUAUUUCAUAUAUCUUUCUUUACUGAGAAAAGGUAGUAGGAUGCGCCACAAGAGACUUUUGAAAAUUCUGGGGAAUCUUGUGUCCAGUUAUUUCAAUGUUUAGGCUUUGAACCUAACAUGCAUCCCAUCUCCAGCCUCUUUUCAAGCUGAGAUUAAAAAAAAUAUGUUUGAUACUUUGUACAUCAGAUGCACAUCUUAACUUUAAAGGGAUACUUUUGUAAAAGUAAAACCUUGUAUAAAGAACAAAACUGUUUCUUAAUUUUAUUGUGGAGUUACAACUUGCAUGUACUUUAAACCUGAUGUCUUGAAGGAACAGGUGCAUUCACACAAAUCAGACUGGAGAUCUGCCUAAGGGUACAGCUUGUUUUAAAGGGUUGAAUUUGGGAACAAACAGUAAUUUUGACAUUUCUACCCACAUAUGUUUUUCACUUUUUGAAUCUAAAGUUUACCCCAACGAAGUGGAGUUCUGCUCAUGAAGCAUUUGGAUGAAAAGCCAUCAUUUGCCAUAUUUAUACUUUAUACAAUAAAAAUUAAUUUCCUCCCUUUUAAAUUCAAAAACUAGACAGAAAGGGAGCAAAGAGGGAAGUUCAGUUUAAUGCUUUGUAAUGCUUAAUGACUCCCAAUACAGACAAAGUGCUAUACUUCUGGAUUAUUAAUAUUUGGCCUACAAAUCACGGGCAAGAGAGCCCUCAUUGAUUUUUUACCUAAUUUGUCCUCUAAGGACCUGAGCCUUAGUUUCAUUGUAAAGGUGACUGAGGUUGUUCUUUUCAGUUCUUCUGAAAAUCUCACCUGAAGCCACUCAGAUUAAGGCACUUCAUCUUUUACAAUACUGUAAUGAUAAUUAUCAGAAUAAUUUUCUGCACAUUGUACUGAUCAAAUUACACACCCAGGGGUAUAUACACUUUAAUUCAUGUUUCUUCUUUGUAUAUUUGGUGACUGUAUUGUCAUAGAUGUACAUAUUGUGUCGGUAGGGCUAUGAGGCAUGUAACAGGAAUGUAAUUUUCUCAGAAUUUACACUCACUUGCAGUCAUUUAUUUAAAAAGAUAAUGGAUUCUUUGUAUUGGCACUUUGCACCAGAAACAUAUCAUUAUUUAUCGAUGUGAUUACUUAUUUGUUAUUCACCUUGUAUUAGUAAGUUUAGCACUAAAUUUCCUUCUUCAUUGUUGUUUGUAUUUAAAAGAUUCGGCAAUCAUGGGGAUCAGCGUAAUGAUUAAGUUAUUCAUCACCUGUCUGUAAGCAAUAUCUUGAGUUUGUAGCUUAGAAUUGGGAGACUAUUGAACAUCUGGAGGACAAGUUCAUUUCAUCUUGAGAUCAUGGUGAAAUAUUUUGGAUAUAUAAAUUCCUUAAGCUAUUGUAACCAUGUUUUAUUGCAAACAUGUAAAAUAUGCCAGAUGUGUGUGAGUUGGAAAUCAAAAAGAAAAAUAAAAUAUGCAAAGAAUUCAA